AAUUGCAGCUGCAAUGAUGUGCGUGCUUGGUGCUUAAGCGUAAUCAAUUGUGAAAUAAAAACAAAGCCCAAUAAGUUUUUAAUCGAGAGUUUUAUUAAAAUUAUAAACAAAAUAUAUUGACAAAAUUUUAGCCAGUGCGUAGUGUGUAAAUUUUUUCGACAUUCACUAUUACGGAGUACAUUCAGCCAUAUAUACACAUAUACAUAACGUAACAUGUGUGAGCGCGAGUGAGAGAAAACGUCAACAUGACAGCAACAACAACAACAAUAACAGCAGCAGCAGAACAAGCAGAGUAAAAGAGAAAGACCCCAGCCAGCUGUGUAGGUCGUCGUGGUCGAUUUCUGUUUUUAGGCUCCCAAAAUCAGUAACAAAAUUUAUAAGUCAAAAAUUCGUUAUUUACAUUAAUCUUAAGCCCAAAAACGUGUCACACACUGCAUAUUAAAAAAUAUUUUCGAAAAUUGUUCGUUAUUGAAUUGUGCGGGUGAAUUUCAAUUGUUAUGCACAUAUUCAAUUUAUACAAGCUCAAGUGCAUAAUUAUACACAAACUACGUCACAUCUGGACCGUCGUUGUAUUUGUCGCCAACUUGCUCGAUAACUAUUAUCGAAGGGCGAUCAAUCGGCAGCAGCUGCAGCCCCCUCACCCAAAUAACAAUAACAACAACAACAUUAUGGAACAAGAAAUACAAGACGAGGCGCCAGAAGAGCAGCAACAACAACAACAGCAGCAGCAGCAACAACCGCUGGAACAGGCGCAAGCUGAUUUUGUGGCACGUUUUAAUGCAAUUGCCGCAGCAGAACCGAUGGAUGCCAGUGACAUGGAGAACGAAGAUGCCGACGAUGAAAUCGAUAUCGAUGAUGACGAAGAUGACGUCGACGACGAUGAGAACGAACUAAGUGAUGUGGAGGAUUCGGAUCCCGAAAUGGAGGAAAUGUAUUCGGAUGGCGAUUGGACAACCUCGAACGAUGAGAGCGAAAUGUCCACAACCAUAUCGAAUGUGGGCCUCGGGCCCGUGGAGCCAUCCGAGCCAGCCGCAGUCCGACCCAUGUACAGCUUCCAGCCAGCUCGGCUGGUCAAGUGCCAGUUUAAGGAGAAGCACUGCAUCGGUGGCUUUCCACUGGGGCGCAGUGGCCAUCGGAUAAUCGCGUCCAAAUCGCAUCUUUACUCGCUGGGUGGCUACAAUCCGCGAAGUGCGUUAACUGCCGCUCGACGCGGCAGGUGUCUGCUCUUCCAGGAGCUGUGGAGCUACAAUUUCGCCACAAAUCACUGGAAAUUGGAACUGAAUGCGGACAACGCAAGCAAUAUGCCCACGGAGCUUGCUUCCAAUGCGCUUGCCAUUCACAAUGAUGUGCUGAUUUCGCAUGGUGGCACUGGUUAUCCGUUUGGAGAGUCGUGCUCGAAUGAUUGCUACGUUUAUCGCACGAGCGACACCAGCGCUGGCGUUGAGCGCUUGAAAGUUACUGGGGAUUUGCCGACGGCUCAGUACGGACCGGGCAUUGUCAUACACAAGCAUUAUCUGUACACGAUUGGAGGUACGACGGGCUUCGAUUACUCCUGCGAUGUGUACCGUUUGAAUCUGCAGACGAGCGUUUGGGAGAAUGUCUACAUCUGCAGGCCAGAAAUGCGCGACGAUCCGGAGGGUCGCUAUCGCCACGAAGUUGUCUACGAUGGCAAACACAUUUUCGUGCUGGGCGGCGGCACCUCGAAUUCGGUGUACGAUCUGCAGCGCAUACCGGCCUACAAUCUGGACGCAAAUAGCUGGGAUUACUUUGACACGUUGCCGGAUCGGAAGAGCUGCGCCUGGAGCCAGAAUGACAAGGGAUAUCCGCGACCACGCAAAUGUUUCUCCUGUGUUCAGCAUCAGUCGUCGAAUGGUGACAUUGAAGCCUUUAUCACUGGCGGCCUGCAGGGCGACUUCUCGACAUACUUCUCGGAUAUCUGGAAGCUGAAUUUGCGUACUAAACAGUGGUCCAUCAUACAGACGGCCAGCUUGCCGCGUCCAUUGUACUUCCACUCGGCAGCGCACUCGGAUAAUGGCUGCAUGUACAUCUUUGGCGGCAUUGAGUACAACGACAAGGAGACACUGAAGCGUCGUAAUGAUCUCUACAAAAUGUGGAUGACCAUACCAAAGCUAAGCGAAAUGUGCUGGGAUGCCAUCACCUACUACAAUGAUAAUCUCGAUCUGUACGAUCGCAAAACCCUGCUCGCCGCUGGCAUACCGAAGACUUUCACCGAGCGCCUGCCGCCGCAGCGCUCGUCCAGCGAUUCGGGCGAACCGGGCACAUCCAUGGUGACAUCGCUGUACUCGAUUGCGAAACGUGCACGUUCCCAAAUGCAAUAAUAGGCUAGCCUCGAGCUUUAAUCCUCCUCCCCUCUCCAUCCCCCAUCUCCCUGCCUAAAAUAAAAAGUUGUGAAUUGAGAAUGUGGCGUGAGUGAAUGCCCCUGUGUUGUCGUUAAGUUCGUUCGUUUCUGUUUUUAAAUGAAGAAAAAUCGUAAAAGAAAAAAAAACAACAAAAAAAAAAACAAAAACAAAGAAUAAUAAAUAUAAAAUACUUUAUUUAGUUUUUGAGCGCGCGCUGUGAUCGAAUGAAUACGGACAUUUAUAUUUCUACAUAUGUGUAUUUUGAUAUUUCGUAGACUCGAAUUGAAAGGCGAACAUGUUAAGCAUGUAAAUAAGACGUAAUUAAGUUUAGAUAGCUGAAAGGCAAUACGACAGGACGACAGGAGGCAAAUUAUGCAUUCAAAAUUCUAAAAGAAAAUAAUAAUAACCGGAGAACAGUCAGCGCACAGACCGCAGUGCACAGCCCAUACACAGCCACACCACACAUAAAUACAAUACAACUUAUUGCUAUAUGCCUAUUUAACUAUACUAUAUAACUGGUAUAUCCAUUCAAGUAUUGCUGUUUUAACCCUACCCACCCACAUACACACACCUUACCCAUGCAGCUAUUGCACCCAAACCCAAACUUGAAGGCUACACCAAAACAAUGACAUAUAUAUAAGAAGUACGAGCAGAGAGGCAGGUUUGCAGUUUUGCGAGUUGAAUGCGUUGUCUCGCAAGCUGCCCCCAAAAAGCAAUUGUAGUACUUCCGAUGUAUGUAUUUUUUUUGUCAAAGUGUACAUAAUAUUUAGACGUAGUAAUAUUUAAUUAAUCUAAGAUUGCGUCUUUAUUGUGGUAUCUUGGACCGAACCAGCCGAAUAUUUCAAAAACAAAGUUUGCUUGAAUUAUUACAUGAUAGCCAUCACCGGCUACAAUUUGGUUGAUUCUAAGUUAAUAAAGUUUUUAAUGUAACAAAUAA